UAUUGUAUAGAUUUUUUUGGCCAAGAAAGUUUUAUAUAGGUUGUCAUUCUUUCUAGAAACUUUGACAUUACCAGUGUAAAAGUAAAUCAUGCCUUCCGAAAAACGGAAGAAAAUUCAACUCCAAAAUGAGCGUGCUAAAAUUGCACAAACAAACAGGAGUUUAACUUCGUUCUUUAAAAGGUAAAUAAAUCUAUAUUUUACUUGUUUACUCAUACUUAUGAAGUGAUAUGCGUUUCUGAAAAUACAUUUUGAGAAAAUUAAUGUACUCGUUCACGUAUGCACGUGCAUCAGUGACUUGCGUCUGAUAGCAGUGCAGAAGUCAUUUUAGUUUGUGAAGCACUAGUCACGUGCUAUUUUCAGUUUUUACAACUAUUUUAACUGUUUAAAAGUGAGAAAAUACUUCUGAAAAAAAAAGUUUGAUAUCUUAGAACUACAAAAUAGAAUGUAAACAGUCAUGUACAUGUGAUUUACUAAGAACGAAAUUUGUUGUUUUAUAGAAAAUAGCCUGUCUUUCAACUUUAUCCUACUUAUUAUGAACAGCUUGGUACAUUCUUUAUGAUAAACCAGGGUCCAUGUGGCGUAAAAAAAAAAAAAAAAAAAAAUCACCAAAAGGAAUGUUUCAAAAUGAUCCUUAUAAAUAGAAUAAUGACACAGACAUCCAAAGUAGUCAGUAUUUAAUGUUGUUGUUGUUGUAAAGGAAAAUAAAACUUGAUUUGGAACAAUUCAUAUUCACUUUCAGACAAACAGACAGUGAUACACAAGACACAGCACCCAGCAGUGAAUCUUUGCCUAACCAGUGUGUGUCGUCACCGCCUGAAUCACAAGAUACAAGUAAUGUUGUUCAAGAGCAAGAGCCGGAAAACAACCUCCAAGAAAAGUUGAAUGUCAACGCCAACCAAACACCCAGAGUGAUUCGUAAAGCAAAACACAAGCUAGGGUUUGACAUAGAAUGGACACGCAACAGACCAUGGUUGUUACAUAAAUUAGAAAUGAUAAAUGAAAAAAGUGUUGAGGUCAUGAUCUGUACUUUGUGUCAGAAACAUAAGACAUUAGGGAAAAACGGAAGUGAUUCAUGGUCAAAAUCAGGUUAUAAAAGCCUCCGUCUUGAUAAGGUGAAAGAGCAUGAGGAUUCUUCUCAACACAAAGAAGCUGUAACUCUUGAAACAAAGUCACAAGUAACAAUUGAAGACUCAAUAACAGAAAAAACACCACUAAGUGAGAAGGAGUUUGAAGCAGUACUGUGUGCCACAAAAUGUGUACAUUUCUUGGUUAAACACAACAUACCAGUAACAACUGUCUAUGAAGACUUUAUUAACUUUGCCAUCAAUGACCUCCAAAGCCCCAUUCUCGCUAAUCUUUCCAAAGGUAAAAAUGUUACAUACAAAAGCCGUACAACUGCCACAGAACUGCUCACAGCAAUGUCUGAAGAUAUUGAAGAGACACUUAAACAGAGAGUGAAGAAAAGUCCAGCCUAUGCUGUUAUGACAGAUGAAGCCACAUACAUCUCCAAUAAAAAACAUCUCGCUUUCUGUGCAAAGUAUGUCGACGAAGCAGGUGAAAUAAAGGUUGACUUCAUCAAAGAUGUAAGAGUUGAUAACGGCAAGGCUGAGACAAUAUUCAAGGAAACUGUGGAAUUAGUCCAAGAUGAAAUAAGGUGA